CACGGUGACCUUGGCCUUCAUGGAGGAGCCAAAGAUCCUGCCGGUGCAAGACAAGGUCCUGGCAGCCAGGGGGACACGGCUUGGCUCCAGUGUUACGCCGAGGGGACGCCGACCCCCUCCGUCACCUGGCUGAAGGAGGGGAAGGUCGAGGUGGCGCCCAUGUCCUUCAUUGAGGUGGAGGACGGGAACCUCCAGAUCCACGGCGUGCAGAGGAGCGACGCCGGCACCUACACCUGCGUGGCAUCGAAUGUGGCUGGCAGUGCGCAGGCGAAUGUGGUGCUGGAGGUCGGGUCGCCUCCCUCGGUCGUCCAGGCACCAGCUGACACCGUCGUGGAGAUCGGCAGCACGGGCGGCCUCUCGUGCUACGGCGUGGGCGUGCCAGAGCCCAGCAUCACCUGGAGGCGAGAGGACGGCGCCCCCCUUCCUCCUCACGUCACCCACGACCGCGACGGGAACCUCCGAGUGCAAGGGAUGAAAGUGGAGGACGAAGGCACCUACCUCUGCACGCUGGAAAACCUUUACGAUUCGGUCACUCUUCGGGCCACCAUCUCGGUCUCUGGUCUCCUGGCCCCCCUCAUCGCGGCGCCCCCGGACCCCAAUCUGAAGGCUACUCUGGACGCCCCUGUCACGCUGCCAUGCACUGUCAUCAUGGCCAACCCUGCGCCUGAUCUCGUGUGGCUGCAUGACGGCGUGCCUGUCAGGUCGAGCAAAGGGAUGGUCGUCAAGAGCGAUGGCACUCUGAGCAUCUUCUCCGUGUCUGUGAAGCACGAGGGAGAGUACCAGUGCGUGGCUACCAACGUGGCCGGGAACUCUUCGCAGACACUCAACCUCAAAGUGCUAGUUCCCCCUCGAGCGAAGUCCAGACGAGUGGAGGACAACGUGGAGGCCUUGGAGGGCGACGUGGUCAAGCUCAAGUGCCCCGUCAAGGCUGACCCUCGACCCAACUUCAUCUGGCACAAGAACGGGCAGCCGAUUUCACGUACUUCUCCGAGAAUGCGUGUCCUGCAAGACGGCAUCCUCGUUAUCCGACAGCUGCUCGCCGAAGACGCUGGGACCUACGUGUGCACGGCGAUCAACGCUGCGGGAGCCACCAAGAUCGCCGUCGUUUUGGACGUUCAUGGUGGGUGA